GUGAUUUAUCGAAGCACUGCCAUCUCAAUUGCGAAACAAAACAAAGCCGCCAAGUCCCUCAGCUGAUUUAAGCUGGCCAAUUGUUUGGGCGAGUGGCAUGGCAUGGCAGUGAAAUUUUAGUUAUAAUAGCUUCUAACAUUCUAAAGCUGAGCCCGAGUAUCUCCUCUCAACCGAAGGCCAGGUCCAACAAGGGCCACCAAAAUGGACAAUCUGGCUGCCACGGCUGACGGAGCUUCUAUUUAUUCGCGUACACUCGUGUUCCUUAAAUGAAAGCAUUCAAGCCGAACCAACAUAUCAGGGAGAUGUCAGUGAGCGAUCGUUCACGAGUGAACUGUUUUAAAAUAGGGCUUUUAAAUGCUUUAAUAUGUUCAGUAUAAAUCUUGCAGUCCUGGCCAUGUACUUCAUAGCACUUGUGGGUCUGCAGCUCUUUCUUCACGGAACGUUGGUACGGAUUCAGCUCUUUAAAAGGGACUACAGCAACCAGUACCAGCCAUUUCUUGUGGACGUCAUCGUUAAUAUAUGCGAUUUCCUUUCGAGGAGGAGUUUUAUGCCCUUUGGCGUGAUUUCUAUUAAAGUGGCCAAACGGUUUACGAAUUUCAAUCACUCCUGCCCGUAUGCGGGUCAUUAAAUCGCCCGCGGCGCCUACCUCGACGAGUCUUAUUUGCCAAACUAUUUUCCAUUAGGUCUAUACAAAAUCAACAUUACCAUUAUGGAGAAUUACCAAACCAGGCCACCAGACCAUGCCGGUGGCAUUGUUUGGUAUGUCCAGUCUAUGAUACCGGUGAUAAGGAAGAAGAAUAAGAACUGAAUCGUUUUUUUUAUGUUGUAAUUCGUUAAAUAAAUGUGGUUUAAAUCGGUUUAUAAUGUUACCCAAGCUGUGAAGACCAGCUUUGCGUAUAAUUUAAUGUAAUUAACAACUAAAUUUACAUUUAAAUAUCGUUUAAUUGAGAAAAGUAAAUUACUUUUUAAAUGGAAACCUAUAUUCACAUACGCAUCUCGAAAUCGGAUUUUAGUUUCAAUAAUGCGUUUGUCAGUGGCUUUACUUGUUGGCGCCUUGCUGAUCUGGAACGUGUGCUGCGAACCUAAGGUAAUAUAUAAGACGACGAAUUUAGAAUGCUUCACCGUUCCAAAGCUCAGUACUAAUGCCUCCUGCAUCCUGAAGGCCAUAAACUGGAAUAUGGCCGUGGCCCAGAUGGAUGUGUAUUUUCUGCAGCCUGUGAACAAUAUGACGGUUCGUAUAAAAGUCUUUAAACAAGACUACAGCAAUAAGUAUCAUCCUUUUUUGGUGGAUGUUUUGGUUAAUCUAUGCGACAUUAUUGGCCGAAGAAAUCAUAGCCCUUAUGGAAAGUACAUGUGGAAUCUGAUCAAACGUUAUACCAACUUCAAUCACUCAUGCCCAUUUGUGGGCCACAUGUUUGCACGUGAUUUAUUCAUAGAUGAGAGCGUUGUGCCUAUUAAGCUGCCAUUGGGUUACUACCAAGUUUCGCUGACUUCGUUUGAAAACUACAGAGACAAGCCACCCCUAUGUCUGGGUACGAUCAAGUUGUAUGCCCAGUCCAUGAUUCCAGUGACGUCGAAACGAAAUAGAACCAAGCCAAUGAACAGAACCAAUAUCCAGGAUACGCUGCAAACCGCCAUUAUACCCAUACAAAUUGGGAAUUAAGUGGAAUACUAAUGGAGAAAACUAAUUUCGACUUCAUCUAGUUAAGUACCAGCCGACCCCAGCAGAUGGCAGAGACUCCUGUCUCUGGCGGCUUCUGUUUUUGGUUGAUGACAGCAAGCUUUUAAAUUUUUAAAAUUGUAUUUUAUUGUUUAUAAUAAAUAUAUAUAUUUAUAUACGUAAAGUAAUAUUAGUUUAAGACUCGUUAUUAUACAUAUUGUAGGCUGCUCAAGAUGCUGAUUUUUAUUCGCUUUCUGUUUAGCUUCGUUUAUCGUUAGACCUUAAUCUAGAAGUAUAUCUU